GUUGCUAAGCAACGGUGGAGGCAACCAGAAGUCUUCCAGCCAGUGGUGACUGAAGGUUUUCUGUCUUUCUUUCUUUCUGUCUUUCUUUACAAAUUGGAUUCAGCGACCGUGCAGCACAAAAAUGCCGUUUAGCGGUUCAAUAUCAUCUCCUCUGCAUGACCAAAUAUCUGAGAUGCAGCGUAAAAUUCAACUGUUGGGUGAGUUAAAGUCUCUUUGAGUUCAGCUCAUGCAUUUCCUCCGUUUUAUCGUUUUACCAUGCUUAUAACAGAUGUAGAUCUAUGACUGUAUUUAACAGAAAGAGAGAUUUGCUGUACGUAUCUGUGAUUGUACAUUGACUGAAAAAAUGACUGCCUCCAUGUUGUUGAUGCCAUGAUCAAAUCUGUCAACUAGAGGGCGACAGAACAGCGCUCUAUGAGAGCUGUCAGUCCCUAAUCAAGAAGAACAGAGAGUCCAUCCUGAAGCUGAGACAGGAGAACAAGAUGCUGUACAGAAAACUGGCACAGGCAAACUCUGUAAGUCUCCACGACACAGGGCUAUCUCAGAGUAGGAGCGACAAAUCAUACCUGCCAGUGACUAUCUUUGUUUUUCUCUUUUUUUUCUUCUCAGAGUGAUGAAAAUGUCAUCAAAAUGGCUUUUCAGAACAGAGGUCAGGAGAAGGAGACCUACCGCAACAUGUCAGGGAAGGUGAGAGGAACACAAAGGAUGUUAUUUAUUAUCAUUUAUUGUGAAUAUUUUUUAUUUAAAGUGUAAAAACAGGACUGUUUCUGCAGCUGAUCAGCUGACACCUACACCUUCACAAAGGUUCCAGUACGGUGGCCCUGAGGUGCAAAACACAAUGACAAAAGAGAAAACAACAGCACAAAAAGAGAAAAACACAACGGCAAAAGAGAUAACAACAUUAAAAGAGUAAACACAACACAAAUCAGAAAACACAGCAGCAGAUCAGAAAACACAGCGGCAAAAGAGAAAACACAAAAAAGAAAACACAACACAAAAAAACACAACAAAAAUAAGCGGUAAAAGAGAAAACACAACACAAAAACAGAGAACAAAAUGGUAAUGGAAAAAAACAACACAAAAGAGAAAACAACAUAAAAAGUGAAAACACAACACAAAAUGAGAAAACACAAUGGCUAAUGUCAUUGUGUUUUCUCUAUUUGUGUUGUGUUUUCUGAUUUGCUGUUGUGUUUUGUCUUUUGCACCUCAGGGCCACCGUAUCACAUUCUUUAAAACGAUAAUAUGAAAACUGCUAAAGUAGACAGAGAAGAUUUUUUUGUUUUUGCAGAUGAUAAAAAAAGUAAUAUGUGAAUUUCAGACUAUUUCAUAAACAUCAAAUAACUUCCUGUUUUAUUUGGAGACUACUUUUACCCUCCCUUAGGUUUUAUUGCAACCACAACAACAACAUCGGAGUGAGUGUUGUUCCUUUCACUCUUAUCUCUCUGUUCUCAGGCAGCUCUCACAGCACUAGACCAGAGUGUUCUGUCCAAGAUGAAGCGCCUCAACGCCCUGAAACACACCACCCAGACCAAACAGCGCCACCUUGAGGAGCUGAAAAGAGAAUACCAGAGGAUGAAACCAGAUGACAGCAGUGAGGCUCGGCCUGCUGAUACUCAAACUCGUGAAAAAGGGGAAGAAGCCAUGGUAGUCACUAAUCUGGCUCUUUAAUAAAAUCAUAAAGUUAGUGUUCCUGUUUCUAACACACAUACCUUCUCUGUCCAUGUUUUUGUGUUGGUGUGUGUCCAUGUUUUGUGUCUUCAGAACUUGCGGACUCUUAAAAACAGUCUGGAGAAGACCCAGUUUAAAUGCAAGGAGGCUGAGAGCAUCAUGGCCAACUAUCAGAAAGUCAAAAGUCACCUGCAGGUAGGAGAUUUUUUGGUGGCUUCUCCAAAAUGUCCUGAGGUCCUCAAUGUAAAAAUCAUUUUACCAUCUAUCCAUCAAAUACACAAAUUGUAUUUGGACUGAACUUUCUUUCUAUUUUUCGUGUUAAUUAAUUGAAAACAGGGUUGAUUUGUUUACCUAAAUUUCCCAGCUGGUCAAUGAGCUGUUGUUUCACUUGUUUCAUUUCAUGUUGUUUGAAUAAGACCAAACUUUAAAUGGUGAUAAAUCCGUAAGUCACAGUCACUUUUUUACUCUCCCUUUCACUUUUCUCUCGCAGGAUGAGGCUCUUACCUUCCAGGGCCAGCUGGACAGUCUGGAAGAGGGAAUCCUGAAGCACAGAGAGGAACUCAGUAACAUGCAGUCCAUUUAUACAACAGCCCAGCUCUCUAAAGAAGCUGCCAAGGUGACCUGCAUCUCUUUCUGCUUUUACUAAUAACAUGAACUGGGAGAAGCAAUCGAUUCCUGGCUGACUGGGGUUGGUGCCACAUGACCAAUCAAGCAUUAUUUGAUUGGCUAGACGAGGGAUGAUUGCUUCUCCUUGGUUACCUGGAUGUUGAGUUUGUCUCUUUUACACUGAAUUAUUUGACACUGAAUUUUUUUUAUGUUGAUUUUUUUUUAAAGUUUUUUUUUUAAGUUGAAUUUUUACUAAAUUAAUAUUUUGAGAGACCAUCUAUUUAACACUGGAUUUAUUUCAUCUUUGUGAAAAAAAUAAGUGUCUGAAAUAAAAAAUAAUAAUUUAAAAAAAAAAAAAAACAUGCUAGAAAUCCGAUGGUUUUGAAGUUCAAAGUCUGAAUGUGAUGCAAAAAAAAAAUUCAACUUAAGAAAUUCAAAUUCAAAAUCAGAUGGCACAGAUUUACUUCCAUAUUAUGGCUCUGUACAACAGCAGCAUUUCCACAGUGUAACAUUGUAACUAAACUACAUCAUUUACUAAAUGUAAAGGUAACUGAAUCCUUGAAGACAAAGUCUGUGUGAUAAGUUGUGAGGCUCUUUAUCUCCCAUCACUAUGAGUAAAAUGGAGAAUUGCUCUAUGUAUCUCUGAGAUAAAUCCAUGUAUCAUAUCUUAUUUUAUUACAGGCAGAGUUGCAGAAACAGGAGGAGCAGCUCUACAAGGAGCGCAAAGAGAGAGAGCGUGUUAUCGCCCACUACAGGAAGAAGGUCGAGGAACGCAAGGCCCAAGCUGAAAAAGCUGAUAGAAGGGUGAGAUAGAAAUGCUGCUAUCAACAAGUACGACAAUUAUGUAUUUGAGAGUAAGAGCAGGAACUCGUCUACCUUCAGGGUCAGAGAGCAGCGAUGCAGCCAGAUGAGCUGAGCAGCGAGCCUCAGCGCAGCAGCCCCAGGAUGGCGGGGGAGGAGGAGAAAGUCAUCUCUACUUUUGAAGAAGCCUUCAGACGCAUCAAGGAGGCCGCUGGAGUCACAGACAUACAGGUAGAGACAUGAGAGGACGCUGUGGAUGGAUCCAUAAGGUUACUGUUACUGUGUUUAUAUGUGAUGUUUUUUUUUACAUGAGUCCAGGAGAUAGUGGAGCGCUUCAUCUCACAGAAAGAGACGCAUCAACGCCUUGAGAAGCUGAAGGAAGAUAACGAGAAGGUGCUGCUGCAGCUGAAGGAGCAAAAGGAGCUCCUCAGUCAACAGUUCCAGGACAUGAAAUAUUCUGGAGAGGCUAAACUUUCCAGGUGAGACAGUCACAGAUAGCAGCAGUGAAAGGCAGGAAGCAUGCAUGUACCUGUGUGAUGCUUAUUUUCUAGCCCACAGGUGUCAAACUCAAGACAAAUCUGGCCCCUGGAGCAGCUAUAUCUGGCCCACUAGAUCAUGUCAUAUUUUAGUCAAGAAUGUUUCCAUGUUUUCAAUUUUGCAUCUCAAGAUUACAAGUCGAACAUGAUUUGACUUUUUAUUUUGUGCUUUGAUUUUUUUCAGCUCAGUAUUUAGAUUAAUGUCGUUUUAAUCCUUGAGAUUCCAAUUUUAAAAUUUAAGUCAUUUUGAUUGCAAAAUUAUCUCAUUCUUUGACACUUCAGACUUGUGAUUUCAACUUUAUCCUCAUGUAUUUACUUUUUAUGUUGACCCUCUUUGGCCCUCAGGUUUGACCUAAAUCCAGAUUAUGGUCCUUGCUGUGGUUGAGUUUGACACCCCUGCUUUAGCCUUUCCUUCUGAUCUGUGUUUUAUCAGUGAGCAGCAGCUGCGGGAUGAGUGUGAGCAGCAGCUACAGGCUCAGCAGCGCCGAUGUGACACCAGUGAAGAGGGUCUGGAUUGUCUUGUCAAAACCCUCAGCACAGUCCGAGCCGGGGUGGAGCACCUCGCAGACAAACUUCAACAUGUCACACUGGUAGUUUUUGUUUAUAAUUUCCCACAUUAAUACAACUGUCUUUUUCUGACUACUCUUUUCUUUUAUUCCUGUCAGUAUGUCUGUAUGACAACCAGGCUUUUGUCCUCUUGUUUUGACACGUUUCUGUCCAGACUGAGCCCACAGAGGCCGAUCCAUCUCCUGAUUCAGACGAGUUUGUGGUGGAGCUGCUGACUCAGUGUGAGCUGAAGCUGCAGUCGCUCCACGAGGAGCUUCAGGGGAAGGAUCUGGCUGCCAUCAUGAAGGAGAUGGAGGAGGAGGAGGUGAGUCAAAAACACGCAGACACUCAUUCAGCACCACAGUGCAUUUGAAGCUCUAGGUAACCAUGGAAAUAACGGCAAAAUGUGUGGAAACAAAAUAAAUCAACUGCAUUUUCAGGUUUGACCAACAGUUUCCAGAUAUCAAGACUGUGUGUAAGAGCCAUUUUUGGGUCUUAUGUUAUUCAUAUGUUCUACCACUAGAUGUCGCCCUCAGGUCUCAAUAAGUGGGUUUAUUCAGGUAGGAACCUUUGUGCAGGUGACAGGUGUUGCUGUACGACACAGGAGCAUAAAGUUUUUUGACCGUGACACCGGGGAUCUGUGAAAUUGUGGAUUGAUUUUUGGAAUAUUGUGAACACAUUGUUGGACAUUGGCACUAUAGUGAGCAAUAAACAAUCCUUAAAGGAAGAAGACAUUGGACGUUUAUAUUUUUUGCCAGAGCCAGAGUCAGCCAGCAAGGCUAGUUUUACAUCCCUGGCCAGAUGUUGAAGGCAACCUAAAAACAAAAAAGGGGGCAACAAUAAAGUUCUUUAAAACACAACUUUAAAUAACAGUCUUAACAGUAAGGAGAGGUACAAGUUGAGGAUUUAACAUCAAAACUAAAAACAGCAAAUUUUAAAAAAUGUAAAAAGGCCCAAAUGUUUGCAGAUGAAUGAUUGUUUUAAGUGUGUGUUGUUGUUGUUGUUGUUGUUUGUGAGCAGUUCUUUAUCAGGAUCGAGAGAAAAUUGCCAGCCUAUAAUACACGUGUCAAGCUGCCUGAAGACCACAAUCUGGACCUCUUUCAGGAUGGUAAGUUAAGAACCACACACACACACACACACACAGACACACACACACACAUAAGCCUACAUCCUAACAAGGGCACACAGUCUAAAUCCGUCUCUUCCCACCCCGACUGUGUCUCAGAGGACGAGAGUGAAGAGGACGAAGCAGACAUCCUAUCACGAGAGGCGCUGAAGCGUCAGUCUCGGCUCAUCAUUGACUCCAAGUCCAAGAAAAAGCCGUGGAAGAAGAAGAAGGGCAAGUUUUGAUGUGACGCCACAGCCCCGAGACAGUUUUUCCAUCGUUGUAAUGGCCCUUUAAUGAUAAACUUCUGCAAUAAUUAAAUAUCAAAGUAAAUUGUGAGAUAUAAUGAUGUGGUUUUCUGUCGUAUGCACACCUUUGUUUUGACAACAGUAUUGUUCUCAGUUAGAUGUCAUGGACAGAGGCUCGCUGCUCCUCCUCUCACAGCUCAGGAUACAUGUAUUCAUAGAUACACAUACUUAGUCUCAAUGAAAUGUGAUAAUAAAAAGUGGGUGUAAAACCUCUCUUGUUUGCAGACAUGCAGCACAGCCAACACCAACAUGAAUCUCUAUUGUGUUUUAGCAUCUUAAAAUUGCCUCUGCCCUUUGAAAUGUUGCGAUGCCGGUCCUGCGCUGCUUGCUCAUACCAAAAUGUCAAAGUAUAAACCUCAGAGAAUUACCUGGUGUACUUCUCACAAUGUAACCAGACAAGUACUUCCAUGUAAACAAACCUUAUUUUGCAUAUUCAGUUCACGUUUCCUCUUAAGUUUGUGUUGAAUGAGUCCAUAUCUGUCUGAUUUCUAUGUUUGAUUUUCAUUCAAAACUAUUUUAGAAAGUCAUUAAAAAAAAUCCUGAAAAUUAAAAGUUGACCUCUUCUUAAA